ACUAAUCUUCCAUAACCCUUCGAGUCCCCUUCGUCUAUAUGUACGUCCUCCUUCUACACUUCUUCCUUUAUUUUAUCUCUCUAUUUCUCUCUCCUCUCUCUCUGCUGACCUAAUUCUCGUCGGAGAUCCGCGAUUUCUCGGUCAUUUACCACCGGCGAUCCAUCGAAAUUCAUUCGUAUUCGCAAAUCUUUCUCAAACUUUCUUGAUCUUCCUUCACUCCUUCGAUUAAGUCAUGAAUCCUGAGUAUGAUUACCUUUUCAAGCUUCUGCUUAUUGGAGAUUCAGGUGUCGGAAAAUCAUGCCUUCUCCUGAGAUUUGCCGAUGACUCGUAUUUGGAGAGUUACAUAAGCACUAUUGGUGUUGAUUUUAAAAUACGCACUGUGGAGCAAGAUGGAAAGACUAUCAAACUUCAGAUUUGGGACACUGCUGGACAAGAGCGUUUUAGAACAAUCACUAGCAGUUACUACCGUGGAGCACAUGGAAUCAUUGUCGUCUAUGAUGUAACUGAUAUGGAAAGUUUCAACAACGUGAAGCAGUGGUUGAAUGAAAUUGACCGUUAUGCUAGUGACAAUGUUAACAAACUUUUGGUUGGAAACAAGUGUGAUCUUGCUGCCAAUAGAGCUGUACCAUAUGAAACUGCCAAGGCUUUUGCUGAUGAAAUUGGCAUACCUUUUAUGGAGACCAGUGCAAAAGAUGCUACUAAUGUAGAACAAGCUUUCAUGGCUAUGACUGGCUCAAUCAAAAACAGGAUGGCUAGCCAGCCAAUGAGCAAUGCCAGGCCUCCAACUGUUCAGAUUCGAGGACAACCAGUUGCACAGACAAGUGGGUGCUGCUCUUCUUAGAAACAUUCAUACUCGCUCGCUGCCACACUGUGGCGUGUAAGAAAUCUGAUUUUGCUGCAAUAUUAUUUGAAAUUCAACAUUCAUUAAUACGGUAUCAUCUUGGUCCUGUGUUUCUAGUUUGCAAUUUGUUAAUUUGGAAGCUUCUGAUUCUUUUUCUCAAGUAGAUUUGUAAAAAUUGGUGAAUGAUGCCGACAAAUUUAGCAUGGAUUUAUUGUAUUGCCUUUCUUGUUAAUUAUUUGCCCAAUUAUACGACUUUCUGUUGUUCAA